AUGGAAGACUUUGAAUACAGCGUGGAGAUCUGUGAUCGGGAUUGGGAUUGCUUCUUUGCAGAGUGUGAGGAGUGUAACCUGCUUCCCGCUUCAUUAGCAGGUCUGGAUGACUCAGGGAUGAGCGAUAUUGAUGAUGCGAGGUCCAUUCUCGCCAAGAGGGCUCAGAAAGUUGACCUGAAAGCCAGCUUAUCAGACACUGACCACCUGAUCGAUGGCCCCCCAGACUGUGAGGGGUCUCCUGUGGAGCAUUAUCUUAGCAAAUAUGGUGUGGGUGGUAUGGAGAGCGUCCUCUCGGGCAGUGAGGAAGAUCUACACCUGCAAUCAGUCAACAUAUUUUUUGAAAGGUUAAAGAGUGGCACAGAGGCUGACAGGCUUACUGAGCCAAGCCAAGUAACAAAAGGAAAAAACAGGGAAAAGAAAAAGGAGGAGGAAAAGUGUGGUGAUGGGCAAGAAGCCAGUGGCAGUGGUAUGCCAAAAAACUGCCCCAAGUUAAACUCUCUGCCUGCCAGCAGUGAAACAGCAGUUGGCAAAGUGACUGUGAAACCUGUCGACACCAUCAGCAGCAUAAUGAAAACAAUCAAAAGAGAGAACUCUGCUUCCAAUAUUUCCCCUGAACCUGCAGCCAGUAAUUCAGUGAUCAAGAUCAACAAAUCAGGUCACCAUGAGCUUUUCAUCAGAGAAGAAGCUGGAGAAGCAACGCCAAGAAGAAAUGAGGAAACACAGUGGAAUCAAUCUCAUGCCUCCCAGGAAAGAGUUGUCUUCUCUGGAUCAACAACUCAACCUGACAAAGUGGUAAAACUGGACAUGCACACAACUCAGGGGGACAUUAAACAGGAACACCUGCUGUCAAAGCAGUUAACCCUCAGUAAAAAGAGCAGCACUGAUUCAUGGAGCAAUCUAGGAACACUGACCAAUGUUAAAUGGAGGGAAGACCAAAACUCAAAUAUUUUACAAUUAGAUGCAACAAGCACAAACAAAAAAGCGUGCCCAGAAUCAUCUCCAUCUGCCUCUCUUAAAAGGAAGCGAAGGAAAAAGAGACGGCUCAGUGUUGAGGCUGAGAGUGUGUAUGGAUUUGAGAGGCAGGUUUCAGUCAAGCAGAGUGACUCAGAGGAGGAGCAGCGUGCAUGGAAAGGAGGGACUGGACUUUUUGCAUCCAACAAUUUUCACUUUCCUUAUCUGAAUCAAGCACAAAAAACUGUUAUUCCUUCUUAUACUUUGUAUCCAGCCACGGUCAGUCUCCCUGAGAAGAUAUCUGCAAAGGAAAUGAAUGUAAAUGAUCUUUCUCAUUUCAGUAGUUCAUGUGCCAGUCAGAGCCCAUACUUAAAAGAGAGCAUAGUCAGACACACAAGCUCUAUGGAAGAUAAUACACCCCUUAAAGGGUCAAUUUCCCCAUUGAGUCAAAUUAAUAGCAGUGUAAUGUCAGCGCAAAACAACCGUGGUUUUAUGGAGUCGAAUCUAAAAUCACAUUGUAAAUUAAAGGAAGAAUCAGGUGGACUGAAUAAUCAUCCAGGGUUACAGGUUUCAAUAACUGACCGUGUAACGUCUCCACACGCAGGAAGUCCCUGGCAGUCUGAUGAAAUCAAACAUUCUAUGAGUUUAGGUAAAAAUGAACACAGGCAAAGAUCAUGUACAGCAGAGGUCAGUUCAAUAACAAACCGUACAGAGUCAAAUGAUCCCGCUGUGGCUGUCAGCCAAAAUGACAAAGUAUCUGCUGCUAAGUCAGUCCUGGCUGUGGAGGCUGGAAAUUCUGGCAGAAACAAGCACACACCGUGUCAAAGAGAGGCUGAGGCCCAACAACAGCUGGAAAUUGACUGUCACUACUCUGACCAAUAUAGCCCUACGCUGGGAAAGACUCAGUUCCCCCUGUGUGAAAUUGGUACGAGCAGUUCUGAGGUUCACAACACACAACCAAAGCCAAUAAAAAUUGGAGCCUUUCCAUCUGUCGAGGAGAUGUCCUGUCCAGUAGACAGUACUGAAUUGAUAUUAGAUACCGGCAGUUCAUUGCCUGAUAAAUGGUGUCAGUCUAAAACUCCCCCCAGUCUAGAUAGAAAUACAACAAUCCAGCAAACAGAACCCCCGUUGGUGCUUUCUUCAGUAACUAAACUCAAUGUUUUGUCAGACAAAGACACAACAGCUAAGAGAAAUGAAUUAGCAGCAUCACAAAUAACAGGAAAAAAGCCAGUGUUACCUGGUGAAAUGAUUCAAACAAGCAAAAAACAAAGAGAAAAUCAACUAUCCAACUCUGAAGACUUACUAACAAGUCCAUCAGACGAGACUCCAGCAACAUCCUGCUGUACUCUCCAAACAGAAUCUGUUGUGUCUGUUUCUAAGGAAAAUAUCACAGACAUAUCAGGAAGUUAUCUUCAGUCCAUCAGUCAAAACAACUCUGAAAGUCAAAGAGAGAAAUCAGCAUUAUUACUGACAAAGCAUGGGGCAGGAGAUGGCUCAUGUACAUCAAAAAGUCAGUCAGUCUCAGAUGAUACCACAGAGUUAAAAUGUGAUUUAGUGAUAGAAGAAGAAGAUGCUGUCACAGCAUCUGAAGCAGGGCAUGAACUCGAAAAGGCAACAGAUACAAAACAUUCAGUGUUCGCUAUCUCUUCUUUUUGGAAUGAGAUGGAAAAACUGACAAUAAAUGAUAUUUUGGGCUUACGAAGGAUCAGUAAAACUCCUCCAGCCAGCUCCCUCUCACCAUUACAGGAAAUUGAGGAGACUGAUAUGUUGACAGAUUCUGGCUUCUUCACUCAACCAGACGAGUCUAAGCCCGAGCAAACCAGCGAGGACUUUCAGGAUGAUUUUAACAAUACAGAACUAAGUCCAGGUUCUGGUAUGGCAGCCAAGUCCUCGUCCUCAAAAACAUUUAUGUGGGAAACUGAACCUCUCACUCUGUGUCCUGAAGCUGAUGUUUACCCUGAGGGCAUGUUAAUGACAUCUGUUGGUGAUAUCCCUGAAUCUGUCCUCACUGGAAAUGCUCAAACAUGCCUCAGAAAGAUUUCUAAAAAUAUUAGUGUCCACAAUCUCCCUGCCCUGGAGUCUAAGUCUAACUACACAUGGAAAAGCCAAACUUUACAAACGCCUGACAAAGAAGAGUUGGAGAAAGCUGAAUAUUUCACCAAUGGACACAUGCCUGGGCAAGACACAGACUGUGUAGCUCCAUCUUCCACCGACGGCUACAGAAUCUCUCUCACAGAUGUAUUUCAGUACCUAUUUGGUGGAAAGCAAUCAAAUCCCAGCCCGUCAGCCACAGAUGCGCUAACCUCCCACUACACUUGUGGUAAUUCUGUCUCAGAAACUUAUGAUCAUUUCUUCUCAGAGUUUGAUACAGAAAGCUUCUUCUACCCUUUCAUCACAACAGAAGAAAAAGCCAAAGACAAACUGGUUCCCAUCUUCUCCUGCUCUCGCUCAGCCAACAAAAAUCUGCAACAUCCAGACACUUAUGAGCACUUCUUUGCGUCUUCCUCCUCUGAUGAUUCCUCUGAAGAUGAAGAUAACUGUGGUCCUGUGAGGGUUGUGUCCAGGCUCAGUCGUACGUCAACUGCAUCCAAGAUUGACAUGUAUGAGAAUUUCUUCACAGAUAAAGACUUAAGGCAAAAUUUCUUUUGGAAGAACACGCUGUCCCUCAGAAACAUUGGUUUGGCUGGAUCUACUGUCAAAAAGCAAGCACUGUCAAACCUGUCUCCCGCACCUCUGAGACCAAGCGCUAAAUCCCUACAAAGGACAGUCUAUCCUGUAAAUGUUUUGGGAAACCAAGAUUUGAUGUUUCCUGAUCCUCUUCUUUACCACCUGGAAGAAAGGAUCUCCAGACAGCUCAUGCAGCAACCAUCUGGAUUUGAAGAUUUGCAGAUGGCCGUUUCGAAUCCAAGUAAGUCCAAGGAGCAAAACAUCUCAUUGUUGUUCAUAAUUAUUGCUAAACAUGUAACAGACGAUGUACUAUGAAUGGGUGGAGAUGAGAAGUAGAGAUAUUACUUAUCUAGGGACUCACGGUAAACAAAUUGACACAAAAUUCAUUUUUGCUAUCAUCGCUUUGACAUUUAAGGAUUGAGUCGCUUGAAAGUGAUCAGUAACUUAGAGACGCACUCACCAGCUCCACUGACUAGAUAUAGGAUGGGAUAUUCCUCCAUUUUUCCCUUUCAGAGCUGGCUGGGACUCAGUAGCUUCUUAUUCUAUUCUCACAGCGUUACCUGGUAACUGUCAUUUUUUUACUGACUCUAGAGACCAGACUAAAAUGGAAGCUAACGUUUUUGACAUCAUGUUUAUCGAAUCAUUAUGCCAACCGAGAAUAACAGUUUGACUAUCAUCUCAGUGGACAGUGAAGGAAUGUGGCAGUACUCUUCCCUGCAAUGUUUGAUCAGGUUGUCCCUGGUAUCGCUUUAAUUAUUGAGAACUGAUAAUCAAAUUAAGUAGUAGGUUUUAUUAGAAAUGUUCUUUGGCUUGAAAUGCAAAUGCACGUCCUUCACUAACACUUUAUUUGAAGGGGUACACAUAAGACUGACAUUACACAGUCAUAAUCAUGACAUGACACCAGUCAGGAACAUGGAUAAGGUUUAUGAAGGUUGUCAUUAAGUGUCAUUUGGUAAUUUGUUGCCAUGUUGACAUUGUUUGGGAAGGCAUUGUUGUCAACAUAGCAGCAAAGGUGUCAAAAUUUAGCGAAUGACACUUAAUGACAACCUUCAUAGGCCUUAUUCAUGUUCAUGACAGGUGUCAUGUCAUGAUUAUGUGUAAUGUCAGUGUAAUGUGUACCUUUUCAAAUAAAGUGUUACUGUUCCUUCAUAGGACUUAAAGCAGAAAUCUCUGUAUACUUUUUCUGUUUUUAAAGGGCUUGGAGACAGCUGGCUCAUUUGAUCAAUGUUUCUGAAUUUAGUACCAAUUCACAGAAAAGUUAUUUCCUGACACUCAAUAUAUGAAGCAAGUUUUGAUCAGACCCUUAAAUACUCUGACCCCAGUCAAUCAAGAAAACUGUCAUUGUUUAUGCCAGUACAGGGCUUAUACUGUAUUUUUUAAAAGAAAUUUCAUUUUGCAGUCAGGGUUUAUUAUAAACAAACUGGCUCAAUCACUUAACUUCAAAUUAUGGGCCAAGACCUGAAUCAAUUUAACAUAUUUGUAUUUUUAAAGGUAUGGAGAGAAAAAAAGAGAAAAUCUCUGGUAAAAACAAUAACAACAACAAAAAACCUUCAUUUACUGUUUAGAAGUGCUUUAUUGGUAAGAAGUAAAGAGGUAAAAUUAUGUUUUCUGUGGUUGAAAUGCAGAAAAAGAAAAUGUAUUAAAGCUUUUAGACGUUGUUGAAAUACAAAUUGCCUCAGUUUGGAUUAUGACCAAAAAUCAAGUGCUCUGAGUUUUUUUUCACUGUUAAUAGUAGUUAAUAGCUCAAUUGAAUUAGAUGAUUUCAAAAACAGCUUUAAACAUCUGUUUUUGUGAAACAAGCACGGCUAAAGUACAAAAUUUAAAAAGAAAACUCUUAAUUAUAGAUUAUGUUUACCUCAAUGCCUAGUUUGUGAACACCUUAUUUACCUGUACCUAGGGCUGGGCAAUAAAACGGUAACGAUAUGUAUAAAAAUUUAAUUUCCCUCGAUAUCAGUAUAAAACAUGGUCAAUAUGCUUUUCUGUGGUCGGCAUUCUGCCAUGUUUUGGUAGACUAUAUGAAUAGCCAAUGAAAAGGGGAUUUGCUCUGGGUCCGCUUCACACUGAACCAAUCAUGUGCUGAAUUAGAACCAAGUACCAAACAACUGCGUAGUAGCAGGCUGCUGCUAGACGCAUCCAUAGCACUUUAACAGGUGAAGCUGACAGCACUGUUGGUAAAAAAAAAAAAAAAUGAGUGCAACCCCGGAAGAAAUGCAGAUGAAGGUUCAACAGAUAAUGACAUCGUCGACAACACUGGCACGAGAACGUCGGUGGUGUGGAGGUAUUUUGGUUUUUUGAGGUCGGACAUGAAGCAGAGUAAUGUGCACUGCAAAUUAUGUUGAAUACAUGUUCUCGCAAAGUUGGAGAAUACCUCAAAUCUUUUUCACCACCUGAAGCAGUGCCACGCGGCAGAGCACACGCAAUUCAAAAAGUUACAAACCCAGAACGGAGCAAGGAGCCCAUGGCGAGUGCAGCUGAAACAGCCAAUCAUUCAGUCUGCUUUCUCUAGCCCAACGCCUUAUGACAAAACGUCGAAGAGACACAAAGAUCUCACAGAUUGCAGUAGCUUAUUGUAUUGCAAAAGACAUGCUACCAAUAAGCACUUUAAAUUUUUAAUGAAGAGUAACAGAGAGCAUUUAAGAUUGACAAGUGAUUCUUUUAUAUUGUGAUAAUAUCGAUAUCGACUAAUCUGAAAAAAUAUAUCGUGAUAAACUUUUUCCAAUAUCGCCCAGCCCUACCUGUACCUAUUUCUUAUUCAAAUAUUCAUGAUUCUUGAUUCUUAGAUCAUAUGCAUUAUAAACAGUAUAUUCAGAAUCACUCAUCAUUCAUCAUUCAGCUGAGCUGCUUGUGAUUCUUCACAUGCAGUCAAAGGUAAUACCGACUUGGUCAGCUGCUGCUGUCAUGACCGGUACAGACUCUCUUUCCUCAGCUGUUAGAGGACACUGACUGAACUUCAGGCACGCUAUGGUGAAAGCCAAGAGGAAUGGUUGUACGUGAUAACUUGACUACACUCAAUGAGCGUCCCAUCUAAGCUGUCAAAAGGGGGCUCUGAGUUAUCAGCAGUUGUGCAGGGUAAUUAGAAUAUACGAGUGUAUUGACCCUUUAUGUCUGCGUGAUUCCCCCUUUUUAAAAUUUAGCCUUAGUUAAGGUAAUACCUGACGAGUGAUAAGUGUAAUGCUUAGCAGCUGUUGAAGAUGAUUAUCUGAAAAUCAGCUGGAGUCCUAAUGUUAAGUAUCAGUGUCAUCCACCCAGUUGCCUUGUAGGUUGCAUAACAGUUAUCUGUUCAGUUUCCAGGACUUGACCAGGUCACAGCAUGACACAACAGGAUGUUCACUGUGGUCUGGUGCUCAGCUGUUGCUGUGUUAGUCCUGAUUAUAUUACCCUUGACCUCUGAUCGUACCCCUUUAUGGAAGACAUUUGCAUUUUACAAAGAACACAUAAUACUUUAUGAUGUUAUUGUUCUUUUAAAUUCACUUUCAUCUUUUCAUUUCAGGGUUGGAUGCCUCUCUUCUGCCUAUCAGACAUUCAGACAUGUGCCUGUUAUGUAUAGCAUUUGCCUCAUGGGUGAUGAAAACCACAAACCCACAAGUAGGAGAUGCUUGGAAGGCCGGUAUGUAGAAUUGAAAUACUUUAUACCUGCUAUAGUUGGUAUUAUAUUCUUUAUGCUGAGAUUUAUUAGUCAUUAUUGUGAGAAUCAGUUGGUCACUGAAAUAAUCUUGAAAAUGAUCGUCAUGUGAAUAAGUAAAUUCAAGGUGGAGUUGCAGAAUCUAAAGAAUGACAUUAGGUCUCAUAUUUUUUCCACACAGUUCUUCUGGCGAAUGUCAGUGCACUGUCAGCCAUCCGAUACCUCCGUAAAUAUGUCAAGAUGGAGGCGGCAUCCAGUGAGAAAAAAAUGCACUGUACCACCACCCCUUCAAGCUCAUGA